GCACCCGGACCUCCGCCUUGGCGGCGCGGCCGUUCCCAAAUCGACGCGAGCAGAAAUGGCCGGCCGCCGCCGCAGCCGCUCCCGAAUCCAAGGCGACGGGGCGGCCCGUCCUAGUCGCCGCCGCUCCCGAGUCCACGGCAGCGAGAAUGGCGACGGGGCGACCCGUCCUAGUCGCCGCCGCUCCCGAGUCAUCAGCAGCGAGGACGGCGACGGCGUGACCCGUCCUAGUCGCCGCCGACGGCGACGGGGCGACCCGUCCCAGCCGCCGCCGCCGCGCCAGCUCGCCGGAGGUGCCAGACGAAGCUGACGCUGAUACCCUGUGGGAGUCGCUGCCGUUGGAUAUGAUUUGGGAGAUCCUGCUCCUGCUUCCACCGGAGCGGCCCUCCCUCGUGCUGCCACCGAAGCGGCGCUCCUUCCUGCGCGCAUCCGGCGUCUCCACGCUCUGGCGAGGCGUCGCCACCGACCCAAACUUUAUGAGCCAGCACCGCAGGAAGUGGAAGCCUCCACUCCUCGGCGUUUUCGAGCGCCGCCAGCAGAAGUUCCACUUCACCCCCGUCUUGCAUCCUCCCGACCGUAUCCCUGCCGACAGCAUUCACAUCUCAGGCUGGAUGACCUCCCGCGACUGCGACGCGACCGACUGCCGCCACGGUCGGGUGUUGGCCAUACACAGGCGGUUGGCGCGUCUUGUUGUGUUCGCCCCCAUCACCGGCCAGGAGCACUGCCUGGCCUUUCCGGACGAGUUCAGGGAGUGCAACUACCACCACGGGGCUGUGCUCUGUGCUGCCAGCGGCCCGGAGGACCACGUGCACGGCUUUUGCCACGAGAGCCCAUUCAAGGUGGCAUUCCUGUCGAGCGACCCUGGUUGGAAAUGUGCUCUACUGGAUGCUUUCAUCAAAUGAUGUUUGUGCUGCCAUGCUUGAGUUUGAUUUGGAUAGGCUGUGAUCAAGGGACCUUCUGAUAUGAAUUAUUCCGGCAGCCAUAGGAUCAUCAAAACAGAGCAAGGCACAGUUGGCUGGGUCAGGUUUUCAUUUCCGAUCCUAGAAAUAUGGCUGAGGAAGAAAAAUUGUCACGGUCUUGCCACGUGGUUGCAGCAUAAGACAGUUGAUAUGCAUGACAUUCUUGGGAUCCCUCCUCGUGUUAGUAAGAAGCCAAGGCAUCAGAAAAUCCUCUCCUAUGACGAGGAAAACAAUGUGAUCAUUCUGUAUGUUGAUGACAGUGCCUACAUGCUUGAUCUUAAGUCGAUGGAAUCCACAAAACUUGAUGAAAGCCGUUUGAUGAAAUACUGCCACCCAUUCACCAGUUUCUAUCCGCCAGACAUGGCCAUCUAAGAAGCAUUGAUAUAUGCACACGGACACAGGGAUACAGAUACAGAUAUCCCAGAAACAACCAUACAGGGACACGGCGAGUAUAUACAUAAAUAAAUAAAGUACAACAUGUAAUGUUGUGGGGACAAAAGUAUAUUUGUAAGAUGUGCGAUCAAAGUACUGCCCAUUUGUGUUUUCUGCCUUCAUCUCCACGUUUGUAUAUGGAUGAGCUUAAUGCAGCUGAUGCUGCAAGUACGUAUAUGUAAGUAGAUAUUUCAGGAAAAAGAAAAUACAAUGCAGCAUGUAAUAUGGACAUAAUUAUAUUUGUGAGAUCUGGGAUCAGGUCUUGAUUCUGUCA